AUGCAAAAUAUUUGUUUAGCACCACCACCAUCACCGCAGCCACUUCCGGUAGACCCAAAUCUUCCACCUGUUGAUAAAAGCGUAGAUCUAGACGGUGAUGGUCGCCUUAGCCUUCCUGAGGUACAGUAUGCAGCCUUUGUUCACCAUGGCCUCUCGAGCAAUGUAGUAAAAGGAAUGUUCAACGAGCAAACAAUAUGCUUACCUGCGCAGGUUGAUAGCAACAAGGACGGGUACUUGAAUUCAGUGGAAUUUAAUGAUAUUCGCGCAAUGGUAUUGGCAAAAGCUGAGAAUGCAGCUUUGCGAUACAUGCAGCAAACAAUAUGCUUACCUGUGCAGGUUGAUAGCAACAAGGACGGGUACUUGGAUUCAGUGGAAUUUAAUGAUAUUCGCGCCAUGGUAUUGGCAAAAGCUGAAAAUGCAGCUUUGCGAUACAUGCAGGUACUUUCGUAUCACACUCAAGUGUAG